AUGACAAAAAUUAAAAUUAAAAAUGUAACUAGAACAGGAAUUUAUUUGAAGAUAGAAGAUGUCACGAUUUCAUGAGCAAAGAUAUAAACGAUGGAGUGAUUCUAAUUUACAUAAACCUUGUUUCUACUGCACACCAACAUCAGAAGAAGAAGUACCUCUGUGUGCAUCACAGUUAUUGUCACCUCUACUUUCAAUAACACAUCAAUGUAAACCUUUCGAAAGAACUUCAUCACAUUAUGGUUUAUGUGAUAAGCAGAAUAAUGGAAGAACGAAGCCUUUAAGUUUUUACGAAUCACAAAAUCUUAAGGCAAUAUUUUAGUAUCUUUAUUUGUAAGAUAAAAAAGCUUAUGAUAUAUUGAUAUAUAUUACUUAUAGAAAUUGAAUUGUUUGAAAUGUCAAGAAUUUGAAAAAAUACGAGGAAAUUUAGAAUUACAUUUAGCAAAAACUCAAAUAGAAGAGGCUUUAGCCGAAGAUAGACAAACAGCUUUAAUGCGGCAUUUAAAUUUAAGUAUUACUGCUCUUGAAGCUCUUGCUCAGUAUGGACAAUCUUUGCAAGUAUCUCAAUUAACUGCAUGUAGGGUGCUUGAUAUUAGUCAUCUACUUGCACUUCCUCAACCUUACUCUAUGAAUUCUGAACCUGAUACUGUAAAUUUAACAAUGCAUCUCCAACAGGUAUGACGAUUACUUGAAUUAUCAUAUAUGUAUAAAAUAGAAGAUUAAAAUUUGUGACCAUUAUUUGUAUAUGAUCAUCCAAAUGAGACAAUUUAAAGAAUAAUUUUUAAUUUUUUUAUAGUUAAUAUUAACUGUGUCUUAACAAAAAAUAAUGUAUAUAUAUUAUGUACUUAGUACUAUACAUCUUUGGGUAUUUCUUAAUUAAUCAUUCAUAUAUAAUUCCAUACAUGUAGUUUAAUUAUUUUAAAAAUUAUAAAUAUAUCGUACAUACUAGUUGCAAGUGCAGAAAGAAAAUAAAUUGAUGAUCCUACAAGAUUUGAUGGAGCAAUGUUCAAAACACAUAGUACUUCCAAAGCAUUUUAAUGAUCUGAUGAAUAAUAACUGUAUAAGGAAAAAGGACUUUUACAAAGCAACAAAAAACUUUAAGAACUUUCUUAGUAAUUCUAUAUUAUCCAUAUCACAAAUAGAGAAACUUCAUCAACAAUACGAUACUAUCCUCAGCAAUUAUCAACGGAGUAGAUGUAUGUUAGACUUGGAAUUACCAAAACUGAUAAACAUGCGUUUAAUGGCACUUUGCGAAGGCUUUGAAAAAAUUACGAAAGUUUUUGACAAGAAGGAUGAUGAUAAUGAAAUUGUAGUGUUAUUUAAAUUAAUUGGGGAAAAACUUUAUAUAAAGGAUUCAAAUUCAGCAAUAUCCCAUGUCGAAGAUUCAUCCAAACCCAAAUUGUGCCAAAAAUGUAAAAUAAACUAUGUAGAUGAUAAAUAAAUGAAAAAAUAGAUGCCUUAUUCUUCUAUUGCUUUUGGUCCUCUGACUAAGAAAUAUAUAUAUGUAUACAUUAUAUGUAUAUAAUGAUAUAGAGAAAUUGUACAUUUCAUGAAACCUUAUAUUAUGACACUAAUCCUAUUAUUAUAUGUAUAACUGAUAACUAUAAGUUUAAGUUGUAAGAUUUUAAUAUUUCUUGUUUUAAGUAUUGCAUUCUCUUAUAUUA